ACUGACUACCCCGAGUCGACAAGUGGGAAUUUCAAGUUAAUGGGGCGUUUUUUUGCUCUUACUGGUUAAAGGUUGAGAAUUACAAGUUCUGGAAUUACACACGCCUGCGAUUCGAAAGCAGCGACAACAGUAGUAGUAUAAUUGUGCUAUUUUCUGGAGAGACUGUUACUCGUUUUAAGUAGUAAGCAUCGUUUAAUAUAUUUGUUUGACAAAAUGCUGUCUUUGGAUUUUCUCGACGAUGUUCGACGAAUGAAUAAGCGCCAGUUGUACUACCAGGUGCUGAAUUUUGGCAUGAUCGUGUCUUCGGCCUUGAUGAUUUGGAAAGGCCUGAUGGUUGUGACUGGAAGCGAAAGCCCAAUUGUAGUUGUUCUCAGUGGCAGUAUGGAGCCUGCAUUUUACAGAGGAGACCUCCUAUUCCUUACAAAUAGAGUUGAAGAUCCAAUCAGGGUUGGAGAAAUUGUGGUAUUCAGGAUCGAGGGAAGAGAGAUCCCCAUUGUGCACAGAGUGCUCAAAAUUCACGAGAAGGAAAAUGGGGACAUCAAGUUUCUAACCAAAGGUGAUAAUAACUCCGUAGAUGACCGAGGUCUAUACAAGCGGGGACAGCAUUGGUUAGAGAAAAAGGAUGUAGUGGGCAGAGCAAGAGGGUUUGUUCCUUACAUAGGAAUUGUUACCAUUUUGAUGAAUGACUACCCAAAAUUUAAGUAUGCUGUGCUGUGUAUGCUGGGACUCUUUGUUUUGGUACAUAGGGAAUAAUCUUCCACCGAGGAGGACAUGAUGAACAGCGGUUCCAUCCUUCCCAAGCCAUUUUCGCAAGUGUGUUAAAUUGGUUUAUGGAAAAAAGUUGUAACUAUCAAAAAUUGCUGUUAUAGAUUAAAAUAACACAACUAGUAAUGUUUUUUUGUUUGUGCUUUCAUCACAUGUUCAUGUCCCCUGUUUAUACAGCUCAGACUUUUCUAAUGAAUUAAAGUUAAUAAAAAAAUAAAUAAAAAAA